AUGACGACCACUACGGAAAUGGCGACCACAACGGAAGAAAAGUCUAAAGAGAAGGAGGGAGAGAAGGGUUUGGGACGUAAAUCUCCGCAGAAGACCGAGGAAGGGGGGAGGGUGAGGAGAGAGCGAGUGGGCGGGGCUAAGAGGUGGAACCUCCCUAACACAGUAGGUACCGCAACCGUAACUGAAGAAGCCACGCCCACCGCUGUUGCUGCUUCAUCAGCCGAAGAUGCGAGCGAGGGACCGGUUGCCCAUAGCAACACGAGUGACCUCGAAAAGGCCAUAAGAGAAGCAGGAGCUAUGGAAGGGAUUAGGGUGUUGCUUGUGUUGAGCGUCGCGCUCUUGACCCGCAACUUUGCUCAGGGCGUCACCCCUCUCGUCCUCUGGCACGGAAUGGGUGACUCGUGCUGCAACCCACUGAGUCUGGGGCGGCUAAUGGAUCUCAUCAAGAAGGAUGUUCCAGGUAUCUACAUCCACUCCAUCAAGAUCGGGAAGGAUGUUGUUGAAGACAUGCUCAACGGUUUCUUCAAGAACAGCAAUGAUCAGAUAUCGGAGGUGUGUGACAUGCUGGCAGACGAUGCCAACCUGGCCAAUGGCUUCAACGCUAUGGGCUUCUCCCAGGGAGGACAGUUCCUGCGAGCUCUGGUCCAGCGGUGUGACAAGGUCAAAGUCCGCAACCUCAUCUCAGUCGGCGGACAACACCAGGGAGUGUUUGGUUUUCCCCGUUGCCCCGGCGACAACUCGACAACCUGUGACGAAGUCCGUCGCCUGUUGAAUAUUGGAGUCUACAACAGCUUUGUCCAAAGCUUUCUGGUGCAGGCUGAAUACUGGCAAGAUCCACUGAAUGAAGCAGAAUACGCAGAGAAAUGUGUCUUUCUGCCUGACAUCAAUCAAGUCAACCGAAUGAACCCGGACUACAAGACGAGAUUAUCUGCCAUCCAAAAACUGGUGUUGGUCAAAUUUGAGCUGGACACUAUGGUACAACCCAAGGAGAGCGAGUGGUUUGGUUUCUACAAGUCUGGCCAGGACAAGGAUGUGUACUCUCUCUACGAGAGUGACAUUUGGACAAAGGAUUUGUUGGGUCUGCAACAUCUGAACUCCACAGGCAAUCUCCUUUUCCUGUCGGCUCCAUUUGACCACCUUCAGUUCACCGACCAGUGGUUCAUCGACAACCUACUGCCGUUCGUCAAAAAUUGAAGACACCCCCAACUAAUACAUACUUAUACUGAGACAGAAAACUAAUUGAACUGAACUGAUAUUUUUAGCUUGUGGAUUGACCUAAUUUGUGUGUGUAUUCAUCAGUGAGCGUGAAAAAAUUAAUAUAAACUGCAUGCCAGUAUACCGGCCCAAAAAGGCAAA